GGCACUUCCUCCCAGUCGGCGGAGGGAAGGGGCGGGAGAGGCAGAGGAGGCCCCCCGAAACCGGGGAGGCGGAAGGGCCCGGCCCCUUCCCAGCACCACCUCUGGGAAGGGUGGGUUUUGCUCCAGCGAGGAAUCCCGCGGUGGCUGGAACGGGAAGAUCCAGCUGGCGGGAGCUGCGCGGCGAAACCCCCGGCCCGCGGGGCUCCGUCCCGGUGCUGAGUUGCCGCCCCGCUGUCGCCCGCCGGGAUGACGCCCCACCGGCCGGCGGGGACCGGCUCACCGCCCCGCCGCGGGGCUCUCUUCCAGAACGUGCUGGCCAAGGCGCUGUACGACAACGUGGCCGAGUCCCCGGACGAGCUCUCCUUCCGCAAGGGCGACAUCAUGACGGUGCUGGAGCGCAACACGCAGGGGCUGGAUGGCUGGUGGCUCUGUUCGCUCCAUGGCCGGCAGGGCAUCGUUCCCGGGAACCGCCUCAAGAUUCUCGUGGGGAUGUACGACAAGAAGCAGCCGCAGCAGCAAGCGCCUGCCCCGGCACAGGGGCAGGCACCGCCGCAGCCAUCUGUACCCCAGCCGGCUCUGGCCUUCCACCACCAAGGGGGCUACACCCCGCUGUCGCCUGCCUCGCAGUACACCCCCAUGCACCCUGCUUAUGCCCCCCAAGGGGACAAUGUCUAUCUGAUGCCAGUCCCCAACAAGGGACAGCAGGGUCUCUACCCAGGCUCAGCACCCACUGGACAGUUUCCUCCUGCCCCAGCUAAGCAGCCUUCCACCUACCCGAAGCAGGCACCUCCCCACACCUUCCCCAACCCGGGACAGGAAAUCUACCAGGUUCCCCCCUCCCUGGGCCAGGCAGCAGAGGCAUACCCAGGAGGCUCUGCCAGUCCCCCCCAGGAUGUCUACCAGGUUCCUCCUUCAGCUGGUCAGGCUCAAGAAAUCUACCAGGUGCCACCGUCAUUGGACAUGAGGAGCUGGGAAGGGCACAAGCCCCAGGGAAAGGUGCUGGUGCCCACCCGUGUGGGCCAGGUGUAUGUCUAUGACUCCCCCAAGGGUGAGCAGGUUGAGUAUGAUUUCCCUCGCCACCUAAUCUCCACGGGCUCCCAGGAGAUCUAUGAUGUGCCACCUGUCCGAGGAGGGGUCCCGAGCCAGUUCAGCCAGGAGGUCUAUGACACUCCUCCCAUGGCAGUGAAGGGUCCCAAUGGGCAGGACCCAGGGCAAGAGAUCUACGACGUGCCCCCCAGCGUGGAGAAGAACUUGCACCAGACUGUGUACGAUGUCCCCCCCUCGGUGAGCAAGGACGUGCCAGAUGGGCCAGCGCGGGAGGAGACCUACGAUGUGCCACCCGCCUUUGCCAAGCAGAAAGCCUUUGACCCCGCUCGCCACCCCCUGAUCCUGGCCCAGCAGGAGCCCUACUUGCCAGAGGAUGUCUACGAUGUGCCCCCAGCAGCUGGGAAAGGUGCUUCUGAGCUGCCACUUUCCCAUGAGAUCUACGAUGUGCCCCCCAGCCUCAAGAAGCUGGGGGGAUCCACCUUCCCCUCCCAGGAGGUGUAUGAUGUGCCCCGGGACCUGCACGCCCCAGGCAAAGGCUCUGUGGACACAGAGGGCGAGUACAUCUACGAUGUCCCACCACAAGUAGACCGCGAGGCCAAAGGUGCUGAUGCCAAGCGCCUCUCGGCUUCCAGCACAGGCAGCACCCGCAGCAACAUCUCCACAUCCUCGCUGGACGUGGUACCUGUGAAGGAGCCGGCUAAGGGAGCCGGCAAGGAGUUUUCCCUGGACUUGGAUGCCGCCAUGGAGACACUGGCCAAGCUCCAGAGUGGCGUCAGCAGCGCUGUCUCCUACCUCAUGUCCUUUAUCAGCACCAACUGGCGCAGCCCCGAGCACAUGGAGGCCAAUGCUGCCAACAUCCGUGGGGCGGCUGAGGGUGUCCGGACGGCCCUCCGGGACCUGCUGGAGUUUGCCCGGGGGGCAGUGGGCAAUGCUGCCCAGGCCUCUGACCGCUCUCUCUACACCAAGCUCAGCAAGCAGCUGCAAAAGAUGGAGGAGGUCUACCAGGCCCUGGCACGGCACGGCCAAGCGCUGGACGCUUGCCACUGGGCCCCCAGUGCUCUGGCCAGCAGCAAGCCAGGCACAGAUGACUUGGAGCACUUCAUCAUGCACUCGCGUGGUGUUCCUGAUGACACUAAGCAGUUGGCUUCCUUCCUGCAUGGCAAUGCCUCUCUUCUCUUCAAACGGACAAAGCCAGCAGUGGAGAGUGGUGGCCAUGGGCCCCCUCACCCCUCUGAUAAGGCCAGCAGCAUCCAGUCACGGCCCCUGCCCUCCCCUCCCAAGUUGCUGGCCCAGGAGUCACCUGACGGGCCCUAUGAGAACAGUGAGAGCGGCUGGAUGGAGGAUUAUGACUAUGUCCAUCUCCAGGGCAAAGAGGAGUUUGAGAAGACCCAGAAGGAGCUGCUGGAGAAAGGCAACAUCAUCCGGCAGAGCAAGGACCAGCUAGAGCACCAGCAGCUGAAGCAGUUUGAGCGGCUGGAGCAGGAGGUGACGCGCCCCAUCGACAACGACCUGUCCAACUGGAGCCCCCCCCAGCACUACAGCCCCGCACGGGGCGGUGGGACACUGUGUCCUGCUGACCGCCAGCUCCUCCUCUUCUACCUGGAGCAGUGCGAGGCCAACCUCACCACACUCACCAAUGCUGUCGAUGCCUUCUUCACUGCUGUCAGCACCAACCAACCUCCCAAGAUCUUUGUGGCCCACAGCAAGUUUGUCAUCCUCAGUGCCCACAAGCUCGUCUUUAUUGGGGACACGCUGUCCCGCCAGGCCAAGGCCCAGGAUGUCCAGCACAAGGUGAUGCACUACAGCAACCUCCUCUGUGAGAUGCUCAAGGAGAUCGUGAUGACCACCAAGGCAGCCGCCCUCCACUACCCAUCUCCUUCUGCCUCCAAGGACAUGGUGGAGCGUGUCAAGGACCUCGCCAACAGCACGCAGCAGUUCAGGAUGGUGCUGGGCCAGCUGGCAGCCAUGUGAUGGCCUCAGGGGUACUGUCCCCUCUCUCUGGCCUCCACCCUUCCCCAGAUAUGCAUUUCCCUCCAUGCAAGUCCUCUCCACCCGGUGUAAGCAGACAUGUACAUAGAGACUCCCACGCACACCGGGGGACUGGGGCUCUGUGGGAAUAGAGGUGAGGGGCUGCAGCCAUCAUACCCCUUCCUCCUCCCUCUGGCCAGGGGCCAGGAAUGGUUUGAGCUGUGCCCAUAAUGAAGCUAAGCUGGGAGAUGGAUCUGUGUCCACUCCUUUUCCACUGUCCUCUCUGCAUACAAAACCGGCAGCCAAUUCUGGGCUGAAGGGCAUGGGGCCAUGUCUCUGGUGAGUCAAGGAUGUGCCUGGCAACUUGAGCUGCCCUUUGUGAUGCUGUGGCUGCUCUGCUCUCGGGAGGACUCUCCUGUGGACUCUGAAGAACUUCACAGUGGCCAGGAGAUUCUAAUGGUGUGGAAGCCAUCCCCUGUGAUGGUGGGACAGUGUAACAGAGAUGGGUUGUACUGUCGCCUUGUGUGCUGGAGGCUGGGGAUUGGGGUCCCCAGGGGGGUUAGGGGUUGUGGGGAGCUGCUGGGGCAGGAAGGGGCUGACUUGUGCGUUCUCACGUCUUGGGUUGUGCUACAGUACCAGCUGUAACUGAAACGCGAACCGAAAAAUUGGUGCCUUUUGAACACAGGGGGAGCUUCCGCUGGUUCCCGGAGCUACCACGUGGCAGCCCCCUCCAAAACUUGGCCCCAAGUCCCUCAGCAGUAUAAAGAUUUGCCUAGAAACUCCCCUUA